CCAGCUCACCGCAUUCGUUGCCGCAUAACUGCAGGGUCACGUGUGGUUCUGUCAUCCUAUUACCUAGCACACUGAUUCUGGCUAUCGCCGCGUGACAUCAGCUCACACCACCGCCCUCUAUGGCACCCGACUUGAACACGCUCCCGCCCUCCCCGCUGCAAUCGCCCUCGGCUUCAAACGGCACUUCACGCAACCAGUCGCCUUCAGCAUCCCGCACCAUGGCUGCCUCGCCGCACUCGCUGGCUGCCACUGCGGCAAUGAACGCAGGCAUCCAGAACGAAGAUCAGCGCCGACCUUCUUCCGGCAGCAUUCGGAGAGACGUCGAACGAGCGCGCCGCCGGUCGAGCAUCCGCAUGAACCUCAACUUGAACGACCCAGCUGUGCCCGCUCCUGGUGAGAUGCAGCGCAGUCCAUCGGCCCGUAGUCGAGGCCCAUACAGCCCCCGCCACGAGCGUGCACCCAGCCUGGGCGAGCUGCACCAAGAGCUAGAGUAUGAGCAGGAGGGGCAGGUGAACCGCCUCCUCAACAUGAUCCGCCAGCAGCAAGCCCAGAUCGACACUCUGACAGCUGGACAGCAACAGCCUUCCAACUCGGCCGUCGACGACGGUACACCUACCUCUGAGCGCUCCAUGUCCUUCUCUCGAUCUCAGUCGCAGGCUACCCAUGCGCAUGUUCCCACCUCUGUCAUCUCGCCUCUCCCAAGCGCCGCACAACCCCGCUCACGAUCGCCGUUCAACAUCAGCCGCCAAUCGUCGUUCGCAGACCGCUCAAGAGGUGGCAGCCACACCGGCUCCCCUGCCCUGCGCCCGUUCCCUGGCGCACCGCAUGAGGCUCACGAGAUGCUGCCUAGCUCCGCAACAGGGAGGGACGAGAGCACCUUCUACCAGGCCGAAACUCAGAACCUCACACGAGAGAACCAGAUGCUGAAGCUGAGGAUUAGAGAGCUUGAGCGACAGUUGGCAGAUCAGAACCCUACAAGCCAGAUGACGCACUCGCCCGCGAUCCACUCGAGCCUCGUCCCCACCCCAGGUGGCAGUCGCGACAGCGCGGAGCAGAGCACGGCGACGGAGGCGUCUUCGAACCCAACGGCAUCAGCGGAAUAGAACUCUUCCUUGGACUGCGUUACUGAUCAGGCGUUUGGCGGGGUAUGCAUCACACGAUCUUGACAGGACAUGUCGACGACGAAACGAAUAGCAUGGGACGGAGUUUAGGGUAGCAUUUUCGACCUCGACACAAAUCACACACCUACGAGAAUUUUUGGCUUCGUCCGGGCAACAGUUACGCUGACCAUCUCCAAGCAACACAGUCAGAUUUGUGGCUACCAAGCGCUGCGUAGAUGGCCAUGCGUAGCCAUGCUGAUCAGCACAGAUGAUGAAUGGUCCCUUGCGGGUUGAGCGUGGUGUCAACAUAUCCUCGCUGGUCAUGAAAUUGUGCUAGAUAAGCUUGGGCAACGCGAACGAGCAGAGAUAAACAUGCAGCGUGAUGUAUUUGCGAAUCUAAAUCGGUCACACAUUCCCAU